GGGCCAAAGGAAUCCCCGCCCAACCCGAUCCCAGCUUGGCUGCGUUGUUUGGGGACAGUCCGAAGAUGGCGACGGCCCAGCUGUACUGCGUCUGCCGGCAGCCGUACGAUGUGAGCCGGUUUAUGAUAGAAUGCGAUAUUUGUAAGGACUGGUUUCACGGCAGCUGUGUUGAGGUAGAAGAGCACCAUGCUGUGGACAUAGACGUUUACCACUGUCCUAGCUGUGACGUCCACCAUGGACCAUCUCUGAUGAAGAAGCGAAGAAACUGGCACAGACACGACUACACCGAGCCAGAUGACGGCAGUAAGCCAGUGCAGGCUGGCACCUCUGUGUUUGUGCGGGAGCUGCAGACAAGGACCUUCCCCAAUGGAGAUGAGAUCUUGCAGCCAAUGCAGGGCAGUCAGGUCACCCAGAGGUAUCUGGAAAGGCAUGGCUUCCGCUAUCCCAUCGCUGUACACAAAAUGGAAGGGCUCGGCCUCUGCUUACCUCCACCGGAUUUCUCCGUCAAGGAUGUCGAGCGCUAUGUCGGAGGCGACAAAGUGAUUGAUGUCAUCGAUGUGGCCAGGCAAGCAGACAGCAAGAUGAAACUGAGUGCAUUUGUGAAGUAUUACUACAGCCCUCAGCGGCCCAAAGUCCUCAACGUCAUCAGUCUGGAGUUUUCAGACACCAAGAUGUCAGAGCUGGUGGUGGUCCCUGAUAUCGCUCAGAAGAUGUCUUGGGUGGAGAACUACUGGCCUGAUGACUCUUACUUUCCCAAGCCCUUUGUGCAGAAGUACUGCUUAAUGGGCGUGAAGGACAGUUAUACCGACUUCCAUAUUGAUUUUGGGGGCACAUCUGUGUGGUACCAUGUCCUGUGGGGGGAGAAGAUUUUUUACUUGAUAAAGCCCACUCCAGCCAACCUUGCACUAUAUGAGGAGUGGAGCUCGUCUCCAACCCAGAGUGAAGUGUUUUUCGGGGAGAAAGUGGACAAGUGCUACAAGUGUGUCGUGCAGCAGGGAACAACACUUCUGAUCCCUACAGGAUGGAUCCAUGCUGUUCUCACCUCUCAGGAUUGCAUGGCUUUCGGAGGAAACUUCCUCCACAACCUCAACAUAGGCAUGCAGCUCAGGUGCUAUGAGAUGGAGCGGCGUCUGAAGACUCCAGACCUCUUUAAGUUUCCUUAUUUUGAGGCUAUUUGUUGGUAUGUAGCAAAGAACCUGCUGGAGACUCUCAAAGAAUCCCGAGAAGAUAACUGCCUGCCUCCAGAAUACCUGAUCAAGGGAGUGAAAGCUUUGAUUACUGCACUGAGGAACUGGCUAAAGAGAGAGGUCACAGAGCCAGCCAGCGAGGUCCCUGACCAUAUCAGACCCAACCAUCUCAUUAAAAUGCUCACCAAGGAAAUCCAGUACCUUGAGGAUUAUCAGAAUGGGAACUGUGGAAGCAAGCUAAUGAAAUCUCAUGGAAUCUCUGCGUGUCCUUCCACGAGGUCGGCACACGAGAGAGGUUCUCACGCACGCAGGACAGCCAGACGUCUUCGUGACCACCACCAUCAUCACCCUCAUCACUCUCACGGCCCUAAAGCUCCUUCUAACCUCGACAUCUUUGAGCAGCACACCCAGGAAGUCUUAAAAAAACUUGAAAUGGGUACUUAUGAGGAGGAUGCCUCCUUUAACCUGACGGUCAAUGGCAAGUUCAACAAGGUCUCCACGGCCUCAGCUGCAGUGGCGGAGCGGAGCUUGGACAACAAACUGCGUCUGGUGCUGUGCAAUGGAUGUAUAGUCAGAGAUAACAGGCAGCAUGCUGGAGACAAAAGACCAAGGAUAAAAGAAGACGAAGGCUCCAGAGAUGUGAAGAUGGAUUUACUCAAGAUUAAACUAGUAUCUAAAGAGGAAGAACAGGAAGUGGAUAUUGAAAUGAAAGAGAGAGAUCAGCAUCAUGUAGCCAGAGAAGUGAAUUCCUUUGCAGAUCUUAAUAAGCAAGAGAGUUCAGAUCUCAGGAACAGAGAAUCGGUACUUUCAGACAUCUCAUCGGACUCUGAAUCAGAUGAGGACUACACUACACGGAAAAAGAACUGCUCUGAGGAAGAAUCUGAAAGCUCUUCAGAGGAAGAGGAAGAUGAAAAGAUUAGGAUGAGUGGAGACGACCAAAGUAAGACCAAAAGUUGCUCCAGCUACACGACGGAUACGCAUCGAUCCAGGCAAAAGCUUGACCCUUUUGAAAAAUGUGGUAAAAGUGAAUACGCUACCUCGCCAAGCACAGAAGAGGAUGCUAUCCAGGGAAUGCUGUCUAUGGCAGGGCUGUUGUAUUCUCACCCAUCAGAAGAUCCCAGCAGUUCACAAGAAUCCUGGUGGUCUCGAACCAACCAUCCCUCCCCUGACUACAGUAGAAAGGAGGCUGCAUCAGGAGAGGAGAACCAGGAUUCAGACAGCAAUUCAUCACAGGAGGGCUUUCGGGAGCAUGAUUCAAAAGGAGGAUGUCCCGCCAAACUCAAGCAUAGGAUCCAGGAACACAAGAACUUCAUGGACAGCCAGGACAGCGGCAGCAACAGCAGCAGUGAAGCUUGGAGCAGUCGCACACACUCCCCAGCCCACGGGGAAAGCCCCACUUUGGCCUACCAAUACUGUGAAACAUCCCUAUCGCCACCUCUGCACCCAUCCAAGAGGCCUGCUUCAAAUCCCCCACCAAUCAGCAAUCAGGCCACCAAAGGUAAACGUCCUAAGAAAGGUAUGGCCACAGCGAAGCAGCGAUUGGGCAAGAUUCUCAAAUUGAGCAGACACAAACCUUUCUUUGUGUAGUUCCAGUGAUGGCAGUCGCCGCCUGCAGAAGAUUGG